CAUCUGGGACGUCAACCAGAAGUCCCUUUACCUGCGCAACGACCAGCUGGUGGCUGGGCAUCUGCAAGGGGCCAACGCCGCGCUGGAAGAGAAGGUGUUUUGGGUGCCCAACCGCGGCUUCGAGCCCGCCCGGCUGCCUGUCAUCCUGGGCAUCCAGAAUGGCACCCGCUGCCUGGCCAGCCCCCCCGCCAGCCAGCCCACCCUGCAGCUGCAGGAGGUGGGGCUGCUGGACCUGUUCUCGCGGGGGGCCGAGGCCACCCCCUACACCUUCUACAAGACCUUUGGUGGCACCACGCACACCUUCGAGUCGGCCGCCUUCCCCGGGCGCUUCCUCAGCACAGCCCCGGGCCCAGGGGAGGCCCUGAGCGUGGCCCCCCCUCCUUCCAUCACCGCCUUCUACCUGCGCCGCAAGUGA